GCCGGUACCACCGCGCGUGUUUGUUCUCUUCGGUGUGCCGUGUGUUUUUAUGGAAUGUCACUCAUCGUAACAACGUAGUCGUACAAACAGCCCAAGUAUGCGUCAUUCUUAGCCAGCUUAUUGCUGAAACGUGUGCGACUGAGCUGCUUUCAGCUGGAGGGGCGUUAAAGUCCGCUUCGCACAAACGCCGGCGUGAGACGGCUUGCUAGUUUAGCCCACGUGCUGUCCAAAGCGUGGACCCGCCUGCGUGCGCGCGAUAUGAACAGGAAAGCGGAGUCCGCGAUUGCAGUGUACAGGAAGCGAAAGGAAACGAAAAGUAACAAGAGAUCUGCCAAAAGCCCCAAUGCCCGUCCACCCGGGACUCCCGGAAAAGUCGCAGACAAACGUCAACGCCGCAAGAGAAGGGGCUCAAGUACCCCUCAGCAAAAUGGCAAGAUCAGAAAGCAGGAGCAGUGCGCGGUUUAUGACGGCGCGAACGGUUCCACAUCUAGCGACGACUCGGAAGCAGCAAAGUCGAUCGCCUCGGGAGGCAGCGAACUAGCCGCGGAACGCUGUUUCGAUUGGCUGAUUCAACCUAUUGAAAGAGACCGCUUCUUCAGAGAACUUUGGGAGAAAAAGCCCAUGCUACUCAGGCGCCACCAGCCCGACUUCUAUCAGGGCCUGAUGAGCUGUGAUCAGCUGGACCGGAUCCUACGCGAGCGGAGCCUCUUCUUCACUGAGAACAUCGACCUGACCACCUACGAGGGGGGCAAGCGGGAGACUCACAACCCGGAGGGGCGCGCCCACGCCGCCGUCGUGUGGGACGCCUUUCAGAAGGGCUGCUCGGUGCGCCUGCUCAACCCGCAGACGUACAGCCGGGCAGUGUGGCGCCUCUGCUCCGUCCUGCAGGAGUUCUUUGGCAGCUUUGUGGGUGCCAACAUGUACCUGACUCCAGCUGGAUCCCAAGGGUUUGCUCCACACUAUGACGACAUUGAGGCGUUCGUCAUACAGCUGGAAGGCCGCAAAUGUUGGCGCCUUUAUCCUCCAAUGGACCCCUCGGAAGAGCUUCCACGAUUCUCAAGUGUAAAUUUCGGCCCUGACGAAGUAGGGAAUCCAAUUUGGAAGCUCCUGGAGCCGGGAGACUUGCUCUAUUUUCCUCGGGGCAUCAUUCACCAGGCAUACACCCCCGAGGACACCCACUCUUUGCACCUAACCCUCUCGACGUACCAACGGAACACGUGGGGCGAUCUUCUUGAGAAGAUGAUCCCUCAGGCUGUAAAACUGGCAAUGGAGGAAGACGUGGAGUACAGGAGGUCGCUGCCGAGAGGCUACCUCAACUACAUGGGCGUGGUCAAUUCAGACGUGCCAAGCAAAGCACGUGAAGCCUUCUUGGACAAAGUGCGCCACCUGGUGGAGAAGUUGGUCAACUAUUGCCCCGUCGACGCAGCCGUCGAUCAGAACGCCAAAGCUCACCUUCAUGAGGCGCUCCCUCCCCUCCUUUCACAAGAGGAACGGCGACGCAGUGUUCACAGCGGUGAACACUGGCAUCAAGGCCAAGUCGUGAAUUGCAAGGAGCUGGAUCCAGAUGCUCAAGUGCGUCUCGCUCGCAGGAAUGCGGUCAGGAUGGUUGUAGAGGAAGAGGAGGUGCGCUUGUACCACUCGUUCGACAACAGCCGGCGAUACAAGGGGCGAGACCCGCAGUACAUCGUCUUGGGUGACGACCAAGCGCCGGCCGUGGAGGCGCUCGUGCUGGCUUACCCAGGCUACGUCAAGGUCGACGACCUCCCACUGGACAACCCUGUUGACCGGCUCGAACUGGCCAGCAUCCUCUACGACAAGGGGAUGCUCAUAACCAAGCAGCCGCUCGAAAUUGAGGAUGACUAGACUCUAUGUUGCUCUGUGUGGGAGACAGUGCGCUGCGCACUGCGAAGGAGCGGGCACUUUUGACGAACUGUGCCCGCACACAUGCAGCUCCUUGCCGUCAUAAAUGCAGACUUCAGUUUCGGCCAGCUUCCCUGCAGGGACAUUUUGUGUGGGGCUGCACCCAUCUCUUGUGCAGUCUUUGCACCUCAGAUGUUAGUCGAAUGGAGUGACAGAGAUUGUUGAACGUGUGGCUUUUAGUCGCCUCAAAAUCAUUGCACUGACGCUUGACGUAUUUGUGACAUUCUUUACAAAUAAAGCCAUUCAGUACAUCA